GCCAAAUACGUAUUCUUACCUUCUUGGCAGCGACGUCGGUCAGCAGCACAGCAAUUAGGAUGAGAGGAAGCAGCAACCCUCUUCUUUCCAUCUCUUUUCCUCUCACUUUAUCUCCACCCAAAUCAUAAGACGAGUCGUCAGGAGUAAUCCACGCCCGCUCGCCCUGAUGCUGCGACUGCUACGCACCAUGCACGCUGCUUUGACAUUCAUUUUCAUGCUUCUGGAUUGCGUGACCCUGAGAGAGGGGAGGUGCUCGGAUGACGUCGAGCUGAAAACUACCAGCUCCAGCUCAUCUGACGUUGAGUUUUUUUACUUCGACCUGUUAGAUUGCAUCUUGUUGGACAUCAUCCUGCCUUCAAUGCCUUUGGAUGUCUGAAUUCGGGUGGAAGUGUUGAGUUCUCGGACCUGACUAGCCAAGAUGAGCUCUUCAUGUGCACCUUUGACAUGGUGUGCCCUCAGGUGGCUCCUUGUCCUGCUUGUCAUUGCACAGCAUCUUAACGCGGGAAAUGUUGAAGGUCCAUGUGAAGGCAGAGACUGUUCUGUAUGUCGGUGUCUUCCUGCCAAAGGUGCACGGGGACUUCCAGGGAAAUCAGGGAAGCAAGGACCUCGCGGGCAAAUGGGAUCAUGGCGCGGUGUGGGGCCACCUGGAGAGAAAGGCAGGCUGGGCUCACCGGGAUCACCCGGCCCGGAAGGACUUAAAGGAGCCCGGGGCAACACUGGGCCUCCAGGUUUUCCUGGUCACGAAGGUUCAUUGGGUCACCCUGGAGCAGGCGGCGAGCCCGGUUUGCCCGGAGUGGACGGCUGUGCGGGGGCUCCGGGUCAACCUGGUGUCCCCGGUUUUCCUGGCCUGGAUGGUCUGCAUGGGUCACCUGGAUUUCCCGGACCAAAAGGAGUUAAGGGAGAACCCUUAUACACUGAUUCCAUUACUGGACUCCCUGGAGAUCCCGGUCGACAAGGAGAUGCGGGUCUACCUGGCCAAAACGGGGUCACCGGACCAAAAGGCUACACAGGUGCUCAUGGUCCACCUGGUGAUCAGGGCCCAAGAGGGGAUAAAGGUCUCCGAGGACCACCGGGUGACCCUGGAAGACCACAGCCAGGCACAGCAGGAGAUGAUGGUGAACAAGGUCCGCCCGGUCCACAAGGACCAGAAGAAAUCAUUGAGCCUACCCCGGGUUAUCUCCCACUAAAAGGUUACAAGGGAGACAGAGGUCGUCCUGGACCAUGUGGACCAAAGGGCAAAAAAGGUGCUCAAGAAGACUUCUUCAGUCAAGGAAUGAAAGGAGAGGAAGGAAUUCUUGGUUUUCCUGGACUUCGGGCAAAAAUGAGCAUUGAUAUUGCGGGUUUUCAGGGAUCACCUGGAAUUUCAGGACCAGCGGGACCUGAGGGGUUGCCAGGCGAAAUGGGGCUUCCGGGUCUUAUCGGAACACCUGGACCAAAGGGCUACCACGGAGAUCCGGGUUUUCCUGGUCCUACGACGUAUUUGAAAGGGUCUACGCUUAGAGGAGCAAAAGGGGAAAAGGGAUAUCCUGGAAAUCCUGGAUUAGAAGGUGAUCCCGGAUUAAUGGGCGCACGUGGCCCUCCUGGCCCAAAAGGACUAACGUAUACAGAUGGGCUGGGUGUGCCUGGUCCAAGCGGACCCCCGGGUCCUAAGGGCUUUAAAGGAGAGCCAGGUGGCUUAAUCGAUCCAGUCCCAGGACCAAAAGGAAGAAAAGGAAUGCGCGGGCGUAAAGGUGUCAUCGGACUUCGUGGUCCUCCAGGAUGUGGAGACUACAGUUGUGAGCCUGGUUACCCAGGUGACCCUGGUGAUAAUGGACCCCCAGGACCUCCUGGAAAAAAAGGCCUCAGAGGAUUAAAGGGCUGUGAAGGGGAAUGUAAAUGUCGGUUUUCUCAUGGACCGCCUGGUCCCCCUGGUCAGCCUGGUUUUCCAGGACCUCCAGGAUUACCAGGAACUCCAGGGAUGAAGGGGGACCCAGGACUAAAAGGAGAAGAGGGUCCUGCCGGACCACAUGGUUUUAAAGGAUACCUAGGUUUAAAAGGGCUGAAGGGACAAAAGGGGGAUGGUUUUAUCACAACAGUUAAAGGUGUAAAGGGAAACCAAGGAGACACUGGACAUCCUGGUUCUCCUGGCCAACUGGGUAAACCAGGAAUCGAUGGUCCUCCUGGGCUGCCAGGAGUUCUUGGACCACCAGGUUCCAGUUACGGAGGUAAACCUGGUCCCAAAGGAGACCCUGGGACGAGUGGUCCCAAAGGUUUGCCAGGCAUUCUGGGGCUGCCAGGUCCUGGUUUUCCAGGCCCCCAGGGUCCAGCAGGACUGAAAGGUGAUCAGGGGUACCCGGGCUCCCCAGGAAUUCCCGGUCGAAAGGGCCCGCCAGGUGACCCUGCAGUCUGUUGUCAUGAGAAUGCGACGGGAUCACCUGGUGUUAAGGGAGAACCUGGUUCCCCAGGAGUUCCAGGUGAACCCGGAAGGGAAGGAAUUGUAGGACCCCCGGGACAUCCAGGACGGAAAGGCAUGAAAGGAGAUGAUGGUGGAAUUGAAGGGAUUGGACCUCCAGGGCCACAAGGUAUAAAUGGAGAUCAUGGUGAUCCUGGUAGUAGUGGGAAAAGCCUCGAUGGUCCCCCAGGCACUCCCGGAGUACCGGGACCACCAGGGAGGAAAGGGUCCCUUGGAGAUGUGUUCAAUACUUUGCCAGGUCCUCCUGGUCAUCCAGGCCAACCUGGAGUUAGAGGGAGAAAGGGGAUUCCUGGUAGUCCAGGAAGCCCAGGGUUUGCAGGUGUUCAAGGGCCACCUGGAAGGCCAGGUCGAAAAGGAGAACAAGGAUUUGAUGGUGAUCGUGGAGCUCCCGGACCUCCAGGCUCACAAUGUACAAUAUGGGAGUCAACAGGACCUCCUGGACCACCUGGUCCUCCAGGAAACCCUGGACCAAGAGUGACAGGUAUCCCUGGUCCAAAAGGCUCACGGGGAGAUACAGGCCUAGCGGGUCAUGGCCCCAUAGGUCCACCGGGUCGCAGUGGUCCUCCUGGUAUACCGGGCCCAGCAGGGCCGAGAGGCUCUGCUGGUCCUCCGGGAGAUUUCGGGAAUGACGGUUGGCCAGGACACAAAGGUGAGUUGGGCUUACCUGGCAGGGAUGGGGCCAAAGGUUUACCAGGCCCGCCAGGACCUCCAGGUCCAAGAGGCAAGCAGGGGGAAAGAGGCUUUGAUGGUCCACCAGGUGGCCGAGGAGAAACAGGAUAUCCUGGUAUGAAAGGAAUACGUGGUCCCAAAGGAUUACCCGGAGAAGCAAAACUUGUGACUUUAAAAAAGGGAGUACCAGGAACUCCAGGCAGAAGAGGGCAGCCAGGUCCACCAGGACCAAUAGGGGAUACAGUGGGAAUGAUGGAGAUCCGGGAGAACCAGGAUCACAGGGACAACCAGGACUUCCAGGGGUUCCAGGAUUUUCAGGUGCCAAAGGUGAACCCGGAGAGUCUUUUGGACAUCCCGGAAGGCCCGGACCCAAAGGAGCUAAAGGGGAGAAGGGAUUCAGUGCACCGAUUGGAGAUCCAGGGGAUCCAGGGGAUCCAGGUCCAAGGGGAUAUCCGGGAACGCCUGGACAGCCGGGCGCUCCUGGUGAACCGGGAAUACAUGGUGGACCAGGUUUUCCUGGGCCUGUUGGUCCGCCGGGUAGUCCGGGUAUUCCGGGUGUUCAAGGUGAUAGUGGGUAUGUGGGGUCUUUGGGUCCACCAGGCCCAACUGGACCUUCAGGUCCACACGGUUCUCCAGGUGAACCUGGUUAUCCUGGGAGAGAAUGUGACAAACCUUUGCCGGGACCUGUCGGAGAUCCAGGAUCUGAAGGGGCUCCCGGCCCGCAAGGGCCUGCUGGAGCGAAAGGUGAAGCAGGCAGCCUCUUUUUCCACAAAGGAGAUCCGGGGUCACCCGGCCUACCUGGGCUUCCAGGCCAGAAAGGAGACCAGGGCUAUCCAGGAAACCAAGGAACUUCAUCAUAUCCAGGCUUUCCAGGACCAAAGGGUGAGGGAGGCCUUCCCGGUUCCAGAGGUUUUGAUGGAGCGAAAGGACCGAGAGGUGCUAAGGGUGUCCCUGGUGAUUCUUUUUCUGAACCCAUACGGAAGGCUCCAGACGGCCCUCCAGGGCCACCUGGUUACCCAGGACCCAUUGGGUUGCCAGGCGCUCCGGGUUCACCCGGGCGAAACGGACCAAAAGGCAGGAGACUCAUUUCUUGAAAUGUACCGUAUACGACCAAAGGGUCCAACUGGUUCUCAGGGCAUCACUGGACUCCCAGGUCCUCCUGGUAUUGACGGUCCUAUUGGUGAUGGAGGAGAUUUUGGUGAACCAGGAUUUGUUGGGCCUCAAGGCAUUCCAGGUCCACGUGGUGACCCAGGCGCACCAGGUUAUGCGAGGACAUCAAGCUCAGGGUUUCUGUUGGUUCUUCAUAGCCAAUCAGUACAAGUGCCUCAAUGCCCCGAUGGCACCAGUCAGCUUUGGGUGGGCUACAGUCUGGCCUACCUGGAGGGACAGGAGAAGGCUCACACUCAAGACCUUGGUCAAGCUGGCUCUUGCUUGCCCGUCUUUUCCACCAUGCCGUUCUCCUACUGCAACAAAGCUGCCUGUCACUACUCGGCUCGGAACGACAAGUCCUACUGGCUCUCCACCACGGCGGCUAUCCCCAUGAUGCCGCUCUUUGGCUAUGAGAUCAGAUCCCACAUCAGCCGCUGUGUGGUGUGCGAGACACCUUUGCCAGCUGUGGCUUUUCAUAGUCAGGAUCCAUCCAUUCCACAAUGCCCACCUGGCUGGAGGAGCCUUUGGACGGGCUUCUCCUUUCUCCUUGAAACAGGGGCAGGUGACGAGGGUGGCGGUCAGUCCCUGACAUCCCCCGGCAGCUGCCUGAAGGACUUCCGAACCCACCCGAUCAUCGAGUGCCAGGGCGCGCGAGGUUCUUGUCACUACUUUGCCAACCUCUACAGCUUCUGGCUGACCGCCAUACGCCACACAGAUCAGUUUGUCAAGCCCAAGCCCGGAACCAUCAAAGCUGCCGGGGAGCAGCGACGCAAGGCCAGUCAAUGUCAAGUCUGCCUCAGACAGUAGAGCACAUUUUGACCCAAGGGUGAAGAAGGCUUUAGAUCACUUGGUGCUAAGUUUAGUUGGUGUUCCAAAAGUUCAACUUCGAAAUGUCGACUUAAGCACAUAAUGAGGUCACAAAGUAUCGGGCUGAACUUCUAGACCAGUGAUUCCCAAUCUUUUUUGAAGUAAGGCACACAUUUUACAUGAGGAAAAUCACCCAGCCAAAAGGCACUGUUGGCAUAGCCUUAACCGCAAGUCAAACAUUAGUUUAACCAAGAUAAUGACGGCGGAAUUUUCCAAUUAGUUUGGUUACAUGUUCUUACAAAUGAUGAUGGUUUUUGUACAUGAUUCAUUUCACCAUCAACGGAUGAUACGUAUAUGGCUGAUGAUUUUCUUGACACUGUUUCUCAUGUGUUCAUAAGUGUUAGUAUUUUUUUUUCAAGUAAAGUGUCCCUCCAAGGAAAAUUCUUA